AUGGCUUCGGCUGCCGCGGUGCAUUGUGGUCUCGCGGGGGUAAGAUGGCGGCGCCCGUUUAUAGGGCGCUGUGGUCGGACGCUGCCGCCAGGUGGGCUUCUUUGGCCUCCUCCCGGCGUCUCUCAGGCUCGACGGGUGCCGGGACGAAAUGGAGGCUUCUCGGGGCGCUCUGCUUGCAGAGGCCGCCCCUCCUAGCGCAGGAGAUGAGCCCGGAGGAGAAGGAAAUGGCUGAGCUGCUCCAGCAGAUAGAGGUGGAGAAAAGCCUGUAUUCAGACCAUGAGCUCCGCUGCUUUGCAGAAGAAGAGCGUCUGAAGAGGAGGAAAGAUAAGCAUGACGACGACGAUUAUUCUGGGAAAGAGAUUGUGCUGGCCCAAGAUCUGGAAGAUAAGUGGGAACAGAAGUUACGCAAGUUCAACCCGGCUCCACGGAUAACAGAUGCCGACAAGAAUGGUGACCGGACAUCCUUGAGCAGGAAGCUGGACCAGAAUCUGCUGCUGGUGGUCAAGCAGAAGGUUGGGGACCAAGAGGUCUGGCUGCUGCCUCAAGCUGAGUGGCAAAGUGGAGAAACUCUGAGAGCCACCGCGGAGCGGGCCUUGACGACCCUCACAGAAAACCACAUCCCAGCCAAGUUCCUAGGGAACGCACCCUGCGGUUUCUACAAGUACAAGUUCCCCAAGGCGGUUUGGACGGAAGGCAGCGUGGGUGCCAAGGUCUUUUUCUUCAAAGCUCUCCUGCAGGGCAACCACCUGCCCUUGCCCAAGGGGAAAGUGGACUACGUGUGGGCCAGCAAAGGAGAGCUGGUGGACUACUUGAAGCCUGAAUACCACUCGAAGGUCGCUCAGUUUCUGGUGGACUUGUAAAUGGCAGAGUGAGGCCCUUGGGCCAUGCCAUGAAGACAGGAAGCAUCUUUGCAUGGGGGAAUUACUGUUGAGCGUCUGUCUCUGAUGGGUUUGGGCAGCCAUGCUUGAUGAUUCCCACUAAAUAAACAAUCCACAUAACAAA